AUGACUGCUCUCACACUAGGUUUGCGCGACCGGGACUUAACUGUUGUAGAAGCUCUCGGUAAAGAAGUGACUUACAAGCAGCUCCUUGAGGCAUUGGAGGCUAUAUAUGGCGACGCUCACCUGGAACACGUCUUUCGAGCGCAGCUUAGAGAUCGCGUGCAACGCAGCAAUGAAAACCUGCAGCAGUGGGAUCUAGAGGUGGAGAAGCUGGUGCGAAAAGCAUACCAGUCUGUACCUGCGCUUAUUGAAGGGAACCUGGUGCAGACAUUCAUCGACGGCAUCCGCGACCUGGAAGUCAGAGCUGCUGUGAGGAUCGGGCACCACGAGACGCUUAAAGACGCCUUGGCCCGUGCACUGGAGGUGGAAGCCGUGCGGCAGGAUCAUCGUCCCCAUCGCAUCAGGGAGGUUGCAGCAGCUACAGUACACGACCGCAACAAAGGAUACAGCCCUAGGUGCUAUGGCUGUGGGGAAAAGGGCCAUCUUCGAUCCAGCUGCCCUAAGCGAACCCUAGAAAGGGAAGGUGAACGACCUCAGGAGGGUAGUGCGGCCAACAGCACCGCCCAGCAGCAGCAGGGAAACGAUUAA